UAUUUAAGCCACACUCAUCACCAGUAAUCUCAUAAGUACUUCAUUCCUUGGGUUUAUUUUCUUAGUGUGUGUGUUGAUUUUCAUAUAGAAAUGGAAGGAGGAUACUCUCCAAGAGUGAUUUCAAUCACUGUUCUCUUGUUCUUGUUUCUCAUGAUCUCCUCUGGGACAGUAAUGGUGGUGGAAGGGAGGACAUGUGAGUCACAGAGCCACAAGUUCAAGGGUACCUGUCUGAGGGAGAGCAACUGUGCUAAUGUUUGCAAGACGGAGGGCUUUCACGGCGGUAAAUGCCGCGGCUUUCGUCGCAGAUGUUUCUGCACAAAGCACUGUUAAAACCGGCUGCUAUUCACUGCUCAUCCAUAGAUAUAUUCCCCUCCAUUUUCAUCCUUCUCUACGUUCCUCUUACUUAGUAUAUAUGUUUGCUCAUGGACUAAAUAAUUUAUGUUCUUAAACCCUUCUUAAGGACUUAUAUAUAUAUAUAUAUAUAUGCAUGUAUUUAUGUAUGUAUGUUUGUCUGUAUGUAUGUAUGAGUGAAUGAGAGAUGAUGACUUUAUUGGUUUUCUUGUGAGUUUGUGAGCCAAUGGAAUGAGGUUUGCUCACCUUGUUGGUAUAGCUUCGAAGUUUCAUCCUUGGGUAUUUAUUUAUAUGUAGUUAACCAACUUGGGCUUUUUCUUUAA